AUGAUUAAAAAGGCUUCUGUGGUUGUUGCAUCUUCUCCUCCUCCUCCUCAUAAAGGACGAGAAGAAAUUCCCUCCUUGUCCUCUCUUCAGAGAGAAGGAGAUGAAAAUCAGACACCACCACCACAACUUGGGGUGGAUAAUCCGUUUGAAAAGAACAAACAAGAGAGAGCAGAAAAUAGCCACCCUCAACAUUCGGAAGAACAUGAUCUCUCUCCAGGUUCAUCUCAUCGGAAUGAAGAUGGUGCUGCAGUAGGUGAUAAAUCUCCUGUGAAUGAAACGAAACGACAAAAACAAGCUCCAAAAGAAGAACGAAAAUUUGAUGACUCUGAUUCUGAUUUAUCAAGUGGUGAUCCUACUACGAAACAUAAUAUUUUGAGAUCAACCAGUCUUCGUAAAGCAUAUAAAAAUUUAAAACAACAGGAAAAGGAAGAAUUUGAUUUGGUCCAGUCAGAUGCCAGUCAAUCUGAAAGCGAGUCAGGAAAUAUUCCGUCACACAGAAAUCUUGUCACUCCUCACGUACCAGGAAAAUCAUUGUUGAAAACUCCAAAAGUAAUGAUCCAAAAACAAGAGACAAUUAGUCAAAAAGAUAGAUUGGUGUGUAUCACAAGACCAUCCAUUCUAUCACGAGACAGUGGAAAUCAGCUCUCAUACAAAGGUUUUUUGAAUUUGGCAAUAAUUAUUCUUGUCGUGAGUCAUUUGCGUCUAGUUUUGAUUAACUUUAAAAAGUAUGGAAUUUUACUGAACACACACGUUUACGUUAUGAAUUUUUUGACUGCUCCUUCCAAUGGGUUUCCUGUGAUAGUAAUGUUUGCUGCUGUGAAUAUUUGGACUUUAAUUGCUUUUGGUAUUGAAAAAUUAAUUGCCAGGUACAUUCGUGGCAAAUUUUAUACCUUGACUAGAAACGGAGAAUUGACCACAAAGAAAAAGUCAUUGUGGCGACAAGUUCUCAGACAAGCGAGUCUUGUUUCGUUCUGUUGCUAUUUUGUAUUGACUACGACCUUGCUUGGAGUUUACUUGGGCUUUGUUUGGAUUUAUCAACCACAUCCUGUAUCUGGAAUGAUGUUGGUGACUUUAAUGACCAUUGUUUUCCUCAAAUUGACAUCCUAUGGAGUUGUGAAUGAUCAUUUGAGAGAACGUAUGUGGGAAAGGAAGGCACAACAAUUAAAGACAGUAGAAAACACAUCCACUCCUUUUUCGAACAGAUCCAUUCCAUGGCUCAAGCAAUACCCUGAUAACAUUUCUCUGAAAGAUAUAUUUUACUUUAUGUUGGCUCCAACUCUGGUCUAUGAGGAAGCAUUCCCAAGGACAAAGAGUAUUCGAUUCAAAGUUGUUCUCUAUGAUUUAUUGGAAUUGGUGGCAUGUACUUUUGUGAUGGUCUUCCUUGUCGAGCAAUAUGUGUUGCCACUGAUUGAGAAUUCUUUGGAACCAAUGAGAGAACGAGAAUAUUGGCGUAUUCUCGAGAGAUUGUUGAAAUUGACUGUUCCUAAUAUUGUUAUUUGGGUCAUUGGUUUUUAUAUUGUUUUCCAUUUGAGCUUGAACAUUAUGGGAGAGUUAUUGAAGUUUGGAGACCGAUUGUUUUAUUUGGAUUGGUGGAAUUGUACAGAUUUGAGCUACUUUUGGAGAACAUGGAAUUUGCCUGUACAUAAGUGGUUGGUAUUGCAUAUCUAUCUCCCACUUGUAAAUAAUGGAUUCAGCCCUUCCAUUGCAAGCUUUUGUGUCUUCUUUGUAAGCGCCGUAUUCCAUGAGCUAAUUAUUUCUAUUCCUUUCCAUACAGUUAAGGCAUGGGCCUUCUCGGCCAUGAUGGUUCAAAUGCCACUUUGCUUUUUGACAAAGAAAUACUGCAAGGGAAGUCAAAUUGGUAAUGCUUUGUUUUGGUGUUCGUUUAUGAUUGGCCAUUCCAAUUCUGUUCUUGCGUUAUAUUAUGAUCAUAAUACAUGA